AUGUCAUUACCAGGUGCGGUUCAGUUCUUUAGCAACGAGCCUCUGAAUGGUGAGAGGCAGACGACUCAAGCUCUCUUUGGUCUUCUAGGAGCCCUACCACUAGCUGCAGCCAUUGGUGUAGCUACGGGGGCCUUUACUUGUCUCUUCAUGUUCUAUGAUUCAGACGUACCUGGCGACUUCCCUCCCACUCCCGUCUCACCCCGCAAGGCCACCGAGUGA